AACGCGGAAUGGAAGACUACCAGUCCCAGCCAACAACAGGGCGCCAUUACCUGUUUUUACCAGGGGACUCUUUCAGCAACACAUUUCCUUUCGCAGCUUUCUAUGAGGGCGAAACAAUUAUGGUUACUGGAGGUAUAGUUUGGCGUAGUGUCACAUGACUUUUUGCGUUUGUCUUUUCAAAUUGCCAUUUUAUGUAGUUAUUUUGUGUUUUUGCGGUAAUUACGUCGCUCCAGCUGGUCAAUUAGACGGAGCUUGUUAGCUUUCCUUAGCUAACAGUAGAUUUAAGGCUUAUAUCAGCUGCUGCUCUGCCAGGUAAAUCAGCCAAAGCUGUUGAGCCUCUCAGACACAAUGUGUUUCUCGUUUAUAACAUUACUGAGUUUUGACAUUAAUAACGUUUAAUUUGGGAACAGACCAACCGCAGUCUUUGUUUUGCUUUUACGCGCGGUCGGCCUGUUUUCUUUGCCUCCGAACAUCGAAAAAGGAGAAGUUGUGCUGUUUGCUGGCUUGGCUAGCUUAGCCGUGUAAACAAAAGCUGUCGCCUCCAGAUAAUCCUGAAAGCUUCAUAAAUCAUUAUGGCGCAACACGACCCUUCUCAUGUAGCUAGUUCGCAGAAAGCUCUCAUGUUGGAAAUGAAGAGCCUCCAGGAAGAGCCUGUGGAGGGAUUUAAAAUCACUCUGGUGGACGAGGCUGAUUUAUACAACUGGGAAGUCGCCAUUUUUGGACCACCAAACACUCAUUAUGAAGGGGGAUAUUUCAAGGCAAGGAUCAAGUUUCCUACAGAUUAUCCUUACUCCCCUCCUGCUUUCCGCUUCCUAACCAAAAUGUGGCAUCCCAACAUCUAUGAGAAUGGAGAUGUGUGUAUUUCUAUACUGCACCCUCCAGUGGAUGACCCGCAGAGCGGAGAGCUCCCAUCAGAGAGAUGGAAUCCAACCCAGAAUGUUCGGACCAUUUUGCUGAGCGUGAUCUCGCUGCUAAAUGAACCCAACACCUUCUCCCCUGCCAACGUGGACGCCUCUGUCAUGUACCGGAAAUGGAGAGACAGCAAAGGCAAGGACCGGGAAUAUGUAGAGAUCAUCAGGAAACAGGUGCUGGCCACAAAGGCAGAAGCAGAGCGAGAUGGCGUGAAGGUGCCCACCACGCUAGCUGAAUACUGCGUUCGUACACGCGCCCCGCAGCCAGACGAAGGCUCUGACCUCUUCUAUGACUAUUACUAUGAAGACGAUGACGUGGAGGGGGGAGACGGCGACUGUUGCUAUGACGAGGAUGACUCGGGCAAUGAGGAGUCGUGACAUUCUUGUUGUCAGAAAACCCAACUUAGCUGACGAAUGCUCAUCCUUUAACUCUUCCUGGGUUGCCAGAUAUUCUUGGUUUGCAACCAAGAGAGAUUGGAAGCUUCCUUCUAAAUCAGUACAAGAGCUUUUUUCCUUCAGCCUCAGAGGUUAAAACUGAUGCCUCGUUGCGAGAGGGUCAGACUGUGGUCACUUUUGCACCAGCACAGCCACCAAUUUUUUUUUUCCAACUUCGAGAACUUUUCAUCACACUGAAGCUUACUUUGCUCACAAAAUCCAGUCCUGGUUUUAGUAUGAAAUAUUUUUGGUUGGGUUUCAUGAUCACUGAACUGGUGCAAACUCUUAAACCAUCACUUCACCUGUUUUGCAUAGCUGUAUUUCUCUAAUUGUAACUGGGGGUGUCUCACUGGUUGUCCGCCUCGUGGUGGAAACUUUUACAGACUUCAAGAUGGACAAAGGACUGCAAGUGUCCCAUAUUUUACAGUUUCUGUCUUUGAUUGGCAGGACAUGGAGGAGUUUUCAUGGACAGUAUGUUCAAAGUUCUCAUGCAUGCCAGAACUUCUUUGAAAGCUUUUUGUCUUUUUAUUUUUAUUUUUUAAAUUGGUGGACUGUUUCCCAACGUCAUGAGAGACUCGUGGCAAUGGAGGGCCGUCCCGUCUGCUGGAGUCUGCUGAGUCAGCUCCUCAUAUGAACAUUCUUACUAAAACAUGAAAUUGAUCUCUGCUGGGUUUUUAUCUUGGAUGUGUUUUUCUGUCACUCAGUGUGGGGUUGUGUUUUUUUGAAUGAACUUGUUAUUAAAGUUGUGUAAUAAUCAAGUUGUUGAAGGUUAGAGGGGCAGAACUAAUUAUUGAUUAGAAUUGUAUUUCUCCUCAGCGUUGCUCUCUGAGCCGCCUGAUGGACCCAAAGAACUAAAGCAGAGUGUAAAUUAAAUUUUAAUACGCUUUGCCAGAUGUUUCUCUUUUUGCUUUCUUGCAGGCCCUAUGAUUUUAGUUUUUCUUUGUUAGAUGUUCGGCAUGCACUGGAAUAGGUAGUCUUGUGUCGGUGUGUACUACCGAGAUCAAACUUCUUCAGCCCUACAACUGAAAAUGAAAUGUUAGCCCCCUUUAUUGAUUUAUUUUUUUGUAAGAGUGGUUUUGAUUUUGUUUUUAGAGUGUGUGGAUGUCCUAUGUGUAAUUUUGUCUUCAGUAAGCAUUAUUGUUUUAUUUACUUUAAUUGGGACAUCAUAUUGAAUUACUCAGGAUAAAAUUAUACGCGACAAAACAAUUGAGACAAGCAACUCCUUUCCUCUUUCGGUGGUCUUCAGUGUCAGUUCACAGCUUCUACAGGAACCAUAAUCCAAUAUGCACACGUAUGAAUGAUCACCAUAUGGUUUUACUUUUCUGUCUGUUUUUUUUUCUCAAAUAUUUAAAAAUGAAAAAUAAAGAUUAAUUUGAAAGAAAAAUGCA